AAAAGGAGAUGAGAUGUGGUUAAAAAAACAUUCAAGAGCUGAGUGAAAGAGACACCGAUCAAACUGAAACAACCUGAAGUAACCACAAACAGCAACACAGCACUUUGUGUUACAGGACUGGUUGAGUGAGAAGAAAAUGCCUAUAGAAAAGUUACAGGGUGGCAGUCAAAGUUAUAACUGGAAUGUUGCACUACAGGACAGCUAACCUGACGGAAACUGAUCAUCUGAGCAGCUCCGUCUCUAAUUGUGUUCACUGAGCUGCAAGACUCCCAGCUCAGCAAACAGCACUCAGACAUGAUCAGCAGAUGGCUUCUGUGGCACAGAUAAAAAGCAGGAACGAGUUUAGGCACGUCACACACUCUGCUCUCCGACAGACAGCUCACAACACCUGAAGCCACCUCUGACUGAGUUGUACCUCUUCGAUUAAAAGUGAGCAUGGCAUCGGUGUCGCUCAGCUCCCAACUCAACAAGAGUGUGCGCCAACAGUACAUGAGCCUGCCUCAGGAUGGGAAAUGCCAGGUCACUUACAUCUGGAUUGAUGGCACAGGAGAGGGUCUGCGUAACAAAACCAGAACCCUGGACAAAGAGCCAAACAGCAUAGAAGAUGUCCCUGAGUGGAACUUUGACGGCUCAAGCACAUACCAGUCUGAAGGCUCCAACAGCGACAUGUACCUCAUCCCAGUCUGCAUGUUCAGGGAUCCAUUCACGCACGAUCCCAACAAGCUGGUCCUCUGUGAGGUCCUCAAAUACAACCGCUUACCUGCAGAAACUAACCAUCGAGCUGGCUGCAGAAAAGUGAUGGAGGAGGUUAAAGAGAGCGUCAUCUGGUUCGGCAUGGAGCAGGAGUACACACUACUAGGAAUGGACGGGCAUCCUUUUAGCUGGCCACAAAAUGGAUUCCCAGGACCCCAAGGACCUUAUUACUGCGGAGUUGGGGCAGACAACGCUUAUGGACGGGACAUUGUGGAGUGUCACUACAAGGCCUGCCUCUAUGCAGGGGUCAAUAUCUAUGGCACCAACGCUGAAGUUAUGCCAUCCCAGUGGGAGUUCCAGGUGGGUCCCUGUGAGGGCAUCAAUAUGGGCGAUCAUCUGUGGGUGGCGCGUUUCCUGCUGCAUCGUGUGUGUGAAGAUUUUGGGGUUAUUGCAACACUGGACCCCAAACCAAUGAAGGGGAACUGGAACGGUGCCGGUUGUCACACGAAUGUCAGCACCAAGCUCAUGAGGGAGGAAGAUGGACUGCAAUACAUUGAGAAGGCUAUCGAGAAGCUAGGCAAAAAACAUGCCGAGCACAUCCGUGUGUACGACCCACGUGGAGGGAAGGACAACAUGAGGCGUCUCACAGGUCUCCAUGAGACCUCCAACAUCGAGGACUUCUCUGCCGGAGUGGCCAACCGAACAGCGAGCAUCCGCAUCCCUCGCCAGGUGGGCCAAGAGAAGAAAGGCUACUUUGAGGACCGCCGUCCUGCUGCUAACUGUGACCCGUACUGUGUGACCCAUGCCAUAGCCUCCACCUGUCUGCUUGAUGAGGAAGACUGAGAGAGGGAGGAAGGACUAGGCUGAGAAGAGGUGUAUAACCUUUGUGUUGCAGGCCGGUAUAGAGAGAUGAAUCCACUCGAGAGUUUACUUGACUUGAACACUCCAUGCAAACUGAAGAAAUAAGGACAGACAUGUUUAUUGUUAUUUCUGUUUUAACUUAUCCUAGUUUAUAGACACGUGCACAGAAAGAUUCAGCCCCAAGUUUUCUUAGAAAAAUGCUAUUGUUAGAAUAUUUUGUACAGCAGGAGUUAAAUGAUCUGUUUUCUUUUCAGAGCCUUCGCGCAAACUAUCUGUUAACUUAAUGCUUGCAUCUUUAAACUUGUGUCACCUGUGUUUGUAUGAGUUAAUACAAAUUAUAACACAA